AGAGGAAGUUAGAGACAAGUCAUAUGAUAAAACCCUGAGUGACAGAAGAAUUUGUAGGGGUAAAACAACACUUCCAGGCAAAUAUGGCCAACAUUUCAAAUUUAGGAAGUGUCAUUAGUAAUAUUGAUGACAUUGAGAAAGACAUGGGGUUACCGAUUGGUGCCCAGGUGGCCACCAGUUUACUGCAGCAGAGAGCCAAUGAUGUGAGAGCAAACCGGGUCAACUGGCAAAGCUAUGUUCAGGGACAGAUGAUUUCCCAGGAGGACUACAAUUUCAUUUACCAGUUUGACAAUGCCAACAAUGAGACAAAAUCUGCCAUGUUGAGGGAGGCUGGCCCGCAGUUUGCGAGGACGUUCUUUAAUCUGAUGAGUCAGAUAGCUAAAGACCAGACUCUACAGUAUAUUCUGACUAUGCUGGACGAUGUGUUACAGGAGGACAAAGCCCGAGUAGAAAUCCUGAAGGAGUAUGCCAAACAAAUGAAGGAAUCAGUAUGGACGCCAUUUAUACAUCUCCUGAACAGAAACGACAGAUUUAUCGUGAACCAGACCAGUAGAAUCAUUGCUAAGAUUGCCUGUUGGGGUAAAGAAUUGAUGGGGUUGGAUGACUUAAAGUUUUAUAUGGACUGGCUAAAAAAUCAGCUCAGGCUUCCGGGUAAUGAAUACAUACAGACUGCAGCUCGCUGUCUUCAAAUGAUGCUACGAAUCGAGAAAUACCGACAGGUGUUUGUGGACGUUGAUGGAAUAGCUACGAUUGUGUCUGUGUUGUUGGGAAGCAAGGUUGGGUUUCAGAUCCAGUAUCAGCUGAUUUUUUGUUUGUGGUGUCUCAGCUUCAGCACUCAUAUAGCAGAGAGAAUGAGCAAAGAUAAAAUAAUUCCAGUGUUGUCAGACAUUCUGAGUGAGUCUGUGAAGGAAAAAGUAUCUAGAAUUAUCCUGGCCACAUUUAGGAACUUGUUAGAAAAGCCUGAGGAAAGAGAUUUGGUCCAUGAACAUGCUGUGGCAAUGGUGCAAUGUAAGGUUCUGAAACAGCUUGAACUGCUGGAAUCCAGGAAGUUUGAUGAUCCCGACAUCGUGGAUGACUUAGAAUACCUUAAUGAGAAACUACAAGAGUCUGUCCAGGAUCUCAGCUCCUUUGAUGAAUACACAUCAGAGAUCAAAUCAGGGAGGUUGGAGUGGAGCCCAGUUCACAAGAAUGAGAAGUUCUGGCGGGAAAAUGCAAUCAGACUCAAUGAGAAUAACUACUCCCUCCUUAAGAUGUUGGUUAGACUUUUAGAAAGUAGUAAAGAUCCCUUGAUCCUGUCUGUUGCUGCUCAUGACCUUGGAGAGUACGUCAGGCAUUAUCCACGGGGAAAAGUUGUGAUAGAACAGCUGGGGGGUAAACAGAUGGUGAUGCAGUACUUGUCUCAUGAGGAUCCCAAUGUCAGAUUCGAGGCCCUCAUCGCUGUCCAAAAAUUGAUGGUCCAUAACUGGGAGUACCUGGGUCGUCAGUUACAGACAGACCAGCCUAAGGACGUGCCUGGAAUGGUACAGACUGCUGCAUAGCGUUAACAGUUUCCAGGGGAUUCUCGUGUACUAGUCAUAGACAUUUACUCCAGAGUCGUGUAGCAUUAUGUAGGGUAACCAUGACAUUCCAGGCUGGCCGAUAUCACUUAACUGUGAUCGAUUCCACUAUCUUAUAUAAACUAUAUUUAGCAUUAUCAUAGCAUCUGUCAUAAAGUCGGGAUUUAUAUAUUUAUGUGUGUUAUAUAUGAUAUACAAAAUUCGAUUAUUUGUUGUUUUCAUGUCAAAGGACUUGAGGACUCUCUAUGCACUGGCCAGAAUUUGUUUUUGGACAGAAUAUUUAAAGUUCUGCAGAAAGAAACCAUCUAUUGCAAUUUUGUUAUAGGGCAACAGGUUUCCUUUGCUAUAAUAAAAAAUACUCCAUCUUUGAACCUGAAAAGUGGAGUUUUUCAACAACACCCCCCCCCCCCCCCCCCCAAAAUUACAUGACUAGAUGCGAGGCUUUUAUUUGGUAUGGUUCAGGACGCAUAUUAUAUCUCUCUGUUAUCAAUAUAACUUCAGUUUUUAUGACCCUGUGUACUUCAGUUUGACAAGAAGAAAUGUUGGCCUUCUAUAAAUGUCUUGAUAUUCAGUGAAUCUUCCUGUAAAACACGAAUAUCUCACGAUUAACUUGUAAUGAAAUGAAAUACACUUAUUAGAUAUCUUUAUGUGCAGUGUGUAGAGGUUCCUUGAGAUGGUUGUUUGUAGUGUUCAGGUACCUGAAGGACAUUACGCCUUCUUCUCCGUGAUCAUCGUCACAUGUCUGACUUCUAGUGUUGAUCAAAGGCCCGACUUCAUGGAUAAGGUCGGUUCAUCUUGCUUUCAAACAUUCAGUAAAUUAAAUGUUUUACUGAAUGUCCAUGUGAUUAAGUCACUAUUGUAUUAAGUUAUAAUAUUCCAUUAUUUUAGUAUGAUUGCAAUUUGUUGAAGAAAAAAGAUUAUGUACGCCUGAAAGUAUGUUUAAAAUUAGAAAAAUAAAACGUGAUACAAUGUAAAA